CUCUAUCUCUUUCUCUGAGGAGAAGGCGCUAUUGGUCAAAAUGGCGGCGGGUGCUGCUCCCUCAGCGGAGCCUUUGGUUUGCGCACGGUUUCACCUUCGUCACGACCCCCGCUGGUUGGUGGCGCUCUCGCCUUCGCCGCCGCUGUGCUUGGCCUGCGCCCUGGAGACGCUGAAAGAGGGCGGCGUCUCGCAAGUACGCAAGAAGUAUGUGCUCUCCUGCCUUCAAGAUGCUCUGUUUCAGCAUGCAACACUGGUUAUACCAUUGUUUGUUCAAGACGAAAGAGUAUGUGCUCAUUUCUUAGCAACAUUGUUUGCAGUGUUGGUGCUAUUGGUAGUAGAAUUGAAGUUGGAUCGCUACUUGCACUAUUUACUAGAUGAAUGCCAGAAAAAGUUAUUCAAGAUAACCACCGUAAGAGGGAGUUUACCCAUAUUUAUUCUUCUUGGAAAGUUGGCAGAUGCCAUUCCAAGUUUUGCUGAUGUAUUGGUGAUUGAACACAGUAACAUGAUGGAACAUCUGGUGACUGGUUUGACAUACCCCGGUGAGGACAUAAAAGCUUCUGUAUGUUAUCUUUAUGGCAAGCUGUAUUCUGUUCCCAGUGCUGCAGAGAGGCUUUGUAUACACUUCACAGAGAGGCUAUGUGACCUUUUUCUGGCUACUCUAAAGAAUGCACAGACUAGGGAACUGCAGCUUAAUUGUAUAGGCUUGUUAAGACAGCUGCUGAAGUAUGAUAACUGUGUUUCUGUCAUUAUGAGUUACUCAAGGAAAGGAGCAGAUUCUACAAGUCCUGAGUUGUUUGAAGACCAUCCAUUACCUCUAAUGCUCAAGAAGUUACUAUUGUCAAGAGAUGAGAUAUUACAGAUAGCAAGUGCUCAGUGUAUAUCUGCUGUAUUGGUACACUCUCCAGCAAAAUAUGCUUCUGCUUUUAUUCAUGCAGAUAUUCCAGAGUUCCUGUUUGAGUGUCUCUUCUGCAUGAGUGAAAUUCUCAUCUGGUCAAUUUAUUGCUGCUUACUGCUCCUGACUGAGGAACAGCUUUUCUUUUCCAAGUGCUACACUGUCUAUGGGAUUGAACCUAUUUUAAAAAGCCUGAAGGAAAUCUUGCUUCUUAAUAAUACAGAAUUACAAAAGCAGGGACUUCUCCUGUUCACUGAAAUUUUGAAAAAGCAGCCGGUAGAAAUAAAACUAUUCGCAAAUAAUGCUGCCUUUAGAGAUGCCAUUAAUGUUCUUCUGGAAGCUGUAAAUUCUCCAGUUCUUGAAGUUGCAGGUGAAGCUAUGAAAGCCGUAGCUGCAAUUCUGAGAAGGGAUCAUGUAAACUUGCCACCAAUAGAAUAUGGAGAACUACAGAAGUUGGUUGAAGGUGUACUGAAACGCUGCAAUGAUCUGUCACUGGCACCUUUUAAUAGAAGAUUCAUGGGUCAGCUGCGGGGCAGACAUCAGAACAAAGCAAUUUCACAGCAGGGGCAGUUUCUGCAGAGUGCCUUAGAAAGCUUCAGAAAUGCUUGUAGCUUAGCUGUAGAAUGCCAGAAUGAUCCUGUGGCUCAGGAGAAUGCUUUCACUGCUCCCAAUUCUGAGAAAAAGGAUACACUGAAAAGCUUUUCUGAGUUUCUAAUGAGGAUGUCUGACUCUCUUUGCAUUCCCAUAGUGAUGAAAUAUUCUGAAAGAGCUGUCCGUCCAGCUCUUAUGGAAGUCUUCAUUUCAACCCUCAGCAUCCUAUUCAAUAUUAUGCCGCAUAUUUGUAAGAACUUCUCCAUUAAAUUAGCAACAUGCUAUUUCAUCAGACUAAACCUGGAACUGAAGGCCAAAUUCUGCACAGGUCAAAGUAAUCCUGCUUUGAAUCAAGCUUGUUCAAGCUUUCUACACAGCAUGUGCCUCAGUUUCCAUUCCUCCUUGGAAAAGAUGGUGGAUUCCUCACAAGAAGAUCAAGAAAUAUCUGAACUUCUUCAGAGGAGUCUGCCUGAGUUAAACUUCAGUGUACUGGAAAGCCUAAGCCUCUUAUCUGAAACCACAGAUUCCUGCAGUCUAGAUGAAACACUUCGCAAUCAUCAGUAUAGCCUCCUACUUCUUUUCUACGUUGCUUUUAGUCAAGAAGACAGGUUUGUUCCAGAAGUGGAGCUGUUCUCAGCAAUAAGAAGUUUCCUGCUGUCAGUACAGGACCAGGGAGACUGUCCUCCCCCAUAUGUCUUCAAAGCUGUUUUGUACCUUCUAGCAAGUUGUCAGGACAAGAAUGAAACUUUAGAUGUGGCUUCACUUGCUGCUGUAAGGAGGAUCCUGGAUGUUAUAGCUGACUUGAGUCUAGUAUAUGUCCAUCAUCCUCUGAUGCUUAAAUUCUUUCUGCGCUAUCCUGAGCUUAUGAAAAGAUUUGGUCACUGCAUUCUCCAGCUCUGGUUUUCCUGUGAAGACUACAGUCAGAUUGAAUCUGAAGAAGCAGUUAUAAGUGAUCCAGCUGUUUUUUUACAAUCCUUCCACAACCUAAAUAGUUUUCUUUCCAUGCUGAAGGGCAAUCACAGUGCUUUACUUAUGCUACUGGAUCUUAUUUACUUUAGCACUAGUGAAGUGGUUCACAAAGUCUUGAUUACAUUGAAGACAUUCCUGAAACUCAAUGAGGAUAUUUAUGUCUGUGAUCUACUUCGAAACCAGUUUCUGCAGAUUCUGCAGAAACUUCUAGUAGAAAAUAGUUCCACCACUUUACCAGUUGGACAGAAAACAUUUAACUGCUCAAAUGAAAAAUGGAAGUUUCUCUCAGGACAGAUGGAUAUUCAACUGAAAACUGCUUCCCUGCAACUUCUACCCAUUGGUUCAUAUCUUUUUUUAGUUAACCAGAACCUGCUACUUUCGUUAAACCUUCUCUUUCUGGUACAGCUGAGAUAUAUAAAAGAGAGAGAGUUGGACAGUACAGAUUUCAGAUUGCUUCAUCUGGUCAGCAAUUUGUGCGGAAAAUGCAGCCCAGCAGACCAUGAAAUUCUUCAGCCUUCUCUGAAUUUUCUGUACUGGAGCCUUCAGCAAACAACACCAUCCAGUCAGCAAAGAGUGGUUGCAAUGUUGUUUUCUAAUACACCUUUGCUUGAACUACUUGAGAAACUUUUCCAAUGCACUUGGAUGGCAGCCUCUUCAUCUGAACCUGCUUUUUCCUCAUCUGGGGAAGCACUUCUCUGCUCUGCUUGGCUGCUGACUGCUUCACUCUUGACUCAACAACAUGCUUACAGUGCAGAGGUUAGAAAUACAGUAAACGUUAUGUACAACCUUUUGUAUUUAGUCAGCAUCCUUCAAUUUCUGAGAGCCUUCUUUAGGCAGAACCUCUGCUCUUCAUUUGUGAAAUUUGUUGUUCAGCAAGGGAAGGAACAGUCGACAGAGGAUGCCUCCUUGUAUCCGCUAGCCUUGGACCAUGUACUCUCCUUGGCUAUCCAUCUGCAGAAUCUAUUGGUCCAGAGGGAUCUUUUGCUAUCACAAAGUGCCAUGGGCUGUCUUGAGGUCUUUCUAGCAUAUCUGCAAUCAAAGAAUCAGAGUAUUGCAUGCCAUAUUGCUUCACAGCCGUGGAAUAAAUUCUUGCUGAUCACACUUCUGGAUGGUGGCAAAAAUUCCUUUCUUCAGCCAGAAAUUCUUAGACUAGUUGCUAUACAAAGGCGCCCAAAGAACUACAAAACAGAGGACCCUGGGAAGCCCAGGCAGGAAGUGAGGUGUCCUUGCGGGGCACGCUGGUUUGCUAGUCGCGAGGCCAGUCAGGCGGAGAAAGGGACCGGGAAAAGGAAGAAGAGCAGUGGCAGCAUGACAGCCGCGGCGCCGGAGUGA